AUGUAAGUAGAAUAACCCGUAGCUGUUAAUUUAGGCUCAUUUGAAAUAUCUUAAAUCAUUAAAACUUCUCAGAGUUAAAAUGGUUUAAAGCAUUCUGAUUUCUAGCGUUACAGAAAGUAUUGUGGACAUAAGGUACACAAGCUUAGAAAAUUAAUGAAAUUCUCUCAUGAGAAAAAGUACCAAAAGAAGCAAAUCCAUGUUGAAAGAUUAAAUGACCCUAAAAUGCUCUAAGUUCUUCUUUUCAAGAUUGAAAAUAAUUGGGCUUAUGCUAUGGAUUUAAAGCAGAUUAUGCAAGAUAGUAAAGAUGGAGCAGCCAGAAAGUAGCAUCAUGUUAAUAAAAAAAUGGCUAAAGCUUUGAAAUGGGCUAAUUUACUUAAUAAUAUCUGCAGAGAGCGUACAGAUGAAAGAAGUUAUCAAGAAAGCGAAGCAUAUUUGAAUUUUAUCAAAGGUAUUUAUCACCAUGAGAGACACUAAUGGGAAGAUGCAUUAGAAAGUUAUAUUAAAUCUCGUUCUAUCUAUCUUAGCCUUAUAUCAGUUUCUGACUCUCUUUAAUCAGUUUUCUUUAAGGAAAAGGUUGAAUUCUUAGAACAAUCUAUCAGAUAUUGCCAUCAACAAAAUAAUGGUUUCAUUUUGGAUACUAUCGAUGUUAUUAUUUCUAAAAUGGGUACUAAAAUGGAUAUUGAAAAAACACCUACUUCUAAGGUUGCUUAGUCUGAGAAAAAAGACUAGUUGAUCGAAGUUGAUUACUUAGGUUCUAAGUAUCCAAUUAAAAACUAGAAAGCCAUCUAUUCUUACAGAUAAGUUGAAGAUUGCUAAAAGAGAAUUCACGAAUUGCAAAGAAAGACAUCCAAAACUAACACUUAAGAAGAGCAAGAUAGUAUUUUGGCAAUUUACAACGAAGCUUUCAAUAACUUUGAUGAAUGCAUUAAGGUUAUUUAAAAGGAAAAGUCAGAUGAAAAGAACUCAGAAGCAGAAAAUUUAAUCUACACAAACAUUCUUAGCUUUUUGAACUUAAAUAAAUAAAAAUUCAUUUUAGAUAGAAAUAUUAUUCUUAUCAAAAAUGCUGUUUAGUAGUUCGAUAAAGAAGAUGGUGUCAAUAAUUUGGAAGCUUUGACUACAAAGAAGGCAUUCAAGCUUAAGCUUAUUAGACCAACUGAAAUUAUUAAACUCUGUGAUAACCUUUUGCAAGUUUUCAAAUAAAUAAUCGAAGUAGAAAGAUAAAAUACAAAUUUAGAAAACUAUAGAAAACUUGAUGUUUUAGAAUUCCACUUCAAGGCAAUCAGAUGCUACUACGUCUCUUGCGUUUAUUUAGCCAACUCAAAAUAUAUUGAAACUUUAUCUUUACUCAAGGUUGCUGAAAAUAUUGUAACCAACUCUUCUAAAAAGUUUGUUGAUAUGAGAGAUAAUUUUGUAGAAGAUUAUGUUGAAGAAAGCGACAUCUUAAUGAAAAAGAUCAAGUAUUUAGAAAUCAAGGCUAAACUUGGCUUAGUUGAAAAUACAACUGAAGAAGAAACUGUAAUUACUGAAAAGCUUGCAGACAGCAAUUUGGAUGGAAAAGUCACUAAUAAAACCAUCUAAAGUUUAAUGAAAGAAUAAGAAUAAGGAAAUAAAUUAAAUGUUGGUAUCAAUAGAUUAAAUAGCAUUCCCAUAUUUGCUCUUCCUCCUAAGCCUUUGCUUGCUGGCUGCAAACCUAUUUAAUUUGAUUUGGUAGACGAAUAUAUUAAUUACCCUAAGAUAGAUGUUUAACAACCAAAGCAACAAGCUGGUUUCUUAAAUAAAUUCAAGUUUUGGUGA